AUGGCUUCCAGGCUUGACCGGCUUGUCACGCUUCUGGAGACUGGCAGCACUCAGUUGAUUCGAAAUACUGCAGCCCAGCAACUGGCUGAUGUGCAAAAGCAACACCCAGAUGAGUUGUUUAAUUUACUAGGCCGCAUUGUCCCGUAUCUCAGAUCCAAGUCAUGGGACACCCGCACAGCUGCUGCCAAAGCUAUAGGUCUUGUAGCGGCCAAUGCUGAGCUUUACGAUCCAAAUGAAGAUGACGGCUUGACAAUCAAGAAACCAGAUGGUGAUGAUGACGAUGUGGAAAUCAAAACAGAAGUCAAAUCCGAGGACUCAAUACCUCUCGCGGAAGACUUGCUGCGUUUGGAAACACUCGACGUUGGGUCUAUUCUGAAAUUCGGUAGGAAACUACUCGGCAGUGCAGGCAAAGAAUAUGAGUAUACUAUCGGUGGCAUGGAUCCAGCCGCAAGGUUGCAACAUCAGAAGAAAACUUUGACGGCACGUCUUGGCCUGGCUGGAGAGUACCUUGAAGACGACUUAGUCGACGAGGCCGAUUUUACGUCGACUGCCAAAAUCGAGAAGCCUGUUCCGGUUCCAUCUCGACAGAAUAGUGUAAUCAACGGAUCGUCCAACGAGCCGCAGAAUGGAGAGGAAUCAGGGUUGAGCAAACGUCAAUUGAACCAGCUGAAGCGCAAGAACAAACAAAAUGCCAAGCUUGGAGCCAACAAAGUCAGAGUCGUCGACCUUUCUUCUCGAAAGCCGUCAGACAGUAUGCCGACGCCGUCUGUAGCAACUCCAUAUCCGAUAAAGUCAGAAAUUGGAGAAGAAGAAAACGAAAAGAAGCCGGAUUAUUUCUCUCUCGACCGAUCAAGUGCCGACGAUGAUAGCAAAAUCGUCUCGGAGUUCAAAGGACCAAUCGUUCCAGAGAAACCGCUCAUACAAACCGAAGCUGAGGAGCAAGGCAAGGAGUGGCCUUAUGAACGCAUGUGCGAAUUUCUCGAGGUAGACCUCUUCGACCCAAAUUGGGAGAUUCGACACGGAGCUGCAAUGGGCCUGCGAGAAGUGAUUCGAGUCCAAGGGUCUGGCGCUGGCCGUCUUCUGGGCAAAUCCAGGAAAGAGAACGACUUGUUGAACCGGCAGUGGCUUGAUGAUUUGGCAUGCCGUUUACUCUGCGUGUUUAUGCUCGACCGCUUCGGUGAUUACAUCUCUGAUAACGUUGUUGCUCCCAUUCGAGAAACAGUUGGCCAGACUUUAGGUGCCGUUCUUUCACAUUUGCCAUCAAAGUCUGUUAUCCAAGUAUAUCGAAUUCUUCAUCGUAUCAUCAUGCUGAGGGAACUCGGACUUGAGAGGCCUAUCUGGGAAGUCUGCCAUGGUGGUAUGAUUGGAUUGAGGUAUUUGGUAGCUGUCCGAAAGGAGCUUUUGAUCAAAGACGCAAAAAUGAUGGACGGUGUUCUAGAGGCAGUUAUGAAAGGGCUGGCAGAUUUCGAUGACGAUGUACGAGCCGUUAGUGCCGCCACCCUGAUACCUAUCGCUGAAGAGCUCGUCGCCUCUCGUCAAGGCUCCUUGAGUGCUCUGAUAAAUAUCGUAUGGGACUGUCUGUCGAACUUGCAAGACGAUCUAAGUGCCAGUACUGGAUCCGUCAUGGACCUGCUAGCCAAACUGUGCACGUUCCCAGAGGUCUUAGACGCCAUGAAGGCCAAUGCUGCCGACGACCCUGAAGCGUCCUUCGCGAAUCUUGUGCCACGCCUAUAUCCCUUCUUGCGGCAUACAAUCACUAGCGUCCGACUGGCCGCUCUCCGGGCACUCACCACAUUCCUACGUCUUGAGGACCAAGAUUCAAACGCUUGGGUUGACGGUAAAGCUAUGCGCUUGAUCUUCCAAAACCUGCUAGUUGAACGGAACGAGGGUGUACUAAAGCUCUCACUCGAAGUUUGGUAUGAUUUGAUAAAGGCCUUGGAUGCUCGCAAUCUCUUUACCGCUGAGACGUUGAGCUCGUCCGUUCAGCCUCUAAUCACACUAGCCAUGGGUCCAUUUGGUGUCCCUCGUUACCCCAUCCCGAUGAAUGCCUCCUUAUUCAUCAAGCCUUCUGGUGUAGCGUAUGCAUUCUCUCAUCCUCAAACGCCGGGCAGAAAGUCUAGCCCAGUGAACGCACCAGAGUCAGGUAAAAUUCGGCGCCGAAAGUCUGAGAAGAAGGAGGUCCCGCCUCCCUCUGCGCAUAACGUCGAUGGACAUAUGUUAUCAGGCGAUAUUGACUUGGUCGGGUUGGAUACUAUGGUACGAUCUAAGAUUUUUGCCGCUCAGGCCUUGGGCCAAUUUUUGUUCAUGUGGGACUCAAAAGAUUUGCCUUCGCUGUGGGAGUCUAUUGUUAGUGGACUUACCUUAUCUGGGUCUUCUUCACAACUAGCGGCUGCAAUGAUCAUUGAAGAGUACGCUAAACGGGCAGGUGCAACCGGGAAUUAUACUUCAUUGCUGUGCGAGAACUUACGUCCUAUUAUCGAGACUGAUCGCCCUGGCUGGUACAGUGAUAUAGUUUCUUACCUACAAAUCACCCGGGCACAAUGUCAUUCUCUGCUCAACGCUUUCAGAGACCACGCGCAUGUGCCUUCUGGAAGGCUGCCAACAUUAGCCGUCGUCGUCCAAGGCGAUCCUGAAGCCGGACCAAACGCAUUUUCCAUCAAUGAUGCCGAAAAGGUUGUUGGUCCAGAUUUUGAACGUUUGAAGAAGAGUUUGACGCCAGCUCAGCGUGUUACCGCACUCCAGGUCUUGAACGAUACAAGAUCAAGUGCUGAGACUUCAAUUGAGGAGGCAAAGUACAUCAAGGAUCAGAGAGAUCUGCGCAUUCGCGCCGCGACGGCUGGGGCCUUGGUUGCACUACAAGACAUACCAAAGAAGCCGAGCCAUAUAAUCAAAGGAAUGAUGGAUAGCAUCAAGAAUGAGGAAAAUAGCGAACUACAACAGCGGUCGGCUUUGGCAAUCGUCAAUCUUAUCAAUUACUACACGACAGCUACCAAGAGGGGCCCGGUUGACAAGGUCAUUGGUAACCUAGUCAAAUAUUGUUGUGUUGAUACAUCGGAAACACCGGAAUUCCACCAUAACGUUCAUCUUGAGAAAUUCAUCCUCUCGCUCAGGAAAGAGGAAGACCGCAGAGAUCAUGUCGACGCAGCCAAGUUUGAGCGUGAAGCUCGGGCGGCUAGAAUCAUGCGACGAGGAGCCAAGGAAGCACUUGAGCAGUUAGCCACAAAAUUCGGCAGUGAACUGCUAGAAAAGAUACCCAACCUUGCUGCUCUAAUUGAACGGCCACUUCGGGAAGCACUUGAGGGCGACCUACCAGCUAACAUUCGGGAACCCGAUAACGAACUCGGUCAGGAAGCUGUCGAUGGGCUCUCAACACUCAGAGCGCUUUUGCCGAAAUUCCACCCUGGCCUGCACUCAUGGGUCAUCAAACUCAUGCCAGUCAUAGCAAAGUCACUGCAAUGCGAGCUUUCUGUUAUUCGAUACGCAGCUGCCAAAUGUUUCGCGACAAUUUGCAGCGUCAUCACCGUAGAGGGCAUGACUAUGUUAGUCGAGAAUGUGUUGCCUACCGUCAACAAUGCAUUGGAUGUGCAUCAUCGUCAAGGUGCUGUUGAAUGCAUCUAUCAUCUCAUCCACGUCAUGGAAGAAGGAAUCCUACCGUACGUCAUUUUCCUCAUAGUACCCGUGCUUGGGCGUAUGAGCGACUCCGACAACGACGUCCGGCUGCUUUCCACAACUUCUUUCGCAACGUUGGUCAAACUUGUUCCUCUGGAAGCAGGCAUUCCAGACCCACCAGGUCUGUCAGAAGAGCUUUUACAAGGUCGUGACCGUGAAAGGAAGUUUAUGUCACAGAUGCUAGAUCCCCGAAAGAUCGAGCCUUUUGAGAUUCCCGUUGCGAUCAAAGCAGAAUUGCGUUCAUACCAACAAGAGGGUGUCAACUGGCUAGCCUUCCUCAACCGUUACCACUUGCACGGCAUUUUGUGUGAUGAUAUGGGUCUUGGGAAAACGCUGCAAACUCUAUGCAUUGUCGCGAGUGACCACCACAUGCGGGCAGAAGAAUAUGCUCGUACGCAAAAGCCCGAGCUCCGCAAGCUUCCUUCGUUGAUUGUCUGUCCACCUACUUUAUCAGGCCAUUGGCAACAAGAGAUUAAACAAUACGCUCCUUUCCUCAAUUGUGUGGCUUACGUCGGCCCUCCAUCUCAACGCUCGCAGCUUCGUGGCGAGUUGGAAAAGGCCGAUAUUGUCAUUACAUCGUAUGACAUCUGCAGAAACGACACUCAGAUCUUCACACCUAUCAACUGGAACUAUUGCGUCCUGGACGAGGGCCAUCUUAUCAAGAACCCCAAAGCAAAGAUUACUCUCGCUGUGAAGCAACUCAUUAGCAACCAUCGUCUGAUUCUAUCUGGCACGCCUAUUCAGAACAACGUCUUGGAACUCUGGUCAUUGUUCGACUUCUUGAUGCCUGGAUUUUUGGGUACAGAAAAAGUCUUCUUAGAUCGAUUCGCCAAGCCUAUUGCCGCAAGCCGCUUCAGCAAGUCAUCAUCAAAGGAACAAGAGGCCGGUGCUUUGGCAAUUGAAGCUCUUCACAAGCAGGUACUUCCAUUCCUGUUACGUCGUUUGAAGGAGGAAGUCCUGAACGACUUGCCACCCAAGAUUCUGCAGAACUACUAUUGCGACCCAAGUGAUCUGCAACGGAAGUUGUUUGAGGACUUUUCGAAGAAAGAGCAAAAGGAUCUCCAAAAUAAGAUGGGUAGUACGGAAAAAUCAGCUAAAGAACAUAUCUUCCAAGCUCUUCAGUACAUGCGCCGUCUCUGCAAUUCUCCGGCCUUGGUCAUCAAAGAGGGCCAUAAACAAUAUGACGAUGUGCAGAAAUAUCUAAGCACAAAGAAUUCGCAUAUUCGAGAUAUCUCUCACGCACCCAAACUGACAGCUCUCCGCGAUUUGUUGGUUGACUGUGGCAUUGGCGUUGAUCCUAACACAGAGGGCGAAUUAGACACGGGGGCAAGCUACGUCAGUCCUCACCGUGCACUUGUCUUCUGCCAGAUGAAAGAGAUGCUUGAUAUCGUCCAAGAAGAUGUGUUGAAGAAGAUGCUUCCUUCUGUUCAGUAUCUACGAUUGGAUGGAAGCGUCGAAGCCACGAAACGUCAGAAUAUCGUCAAUCAAUUCAACACCGAUCCUAGCUACGAUGUGUUGCUACUCACCACGAGUGUUGGUGGAUUGGGUCUCAACCUUACUGGUGCCGACACAGUCAUUUUCGUCGAGCAUGACUGGAACCCUCAGAAGGAUAUUCAAGCCAUGGACCGCGCGCAUCGUAUCGGCCAGAAGAAGGUUGUCAAUGUCUACCGUUUGAUCACGAGGGGUACUUUGGAGGAGAAGAUUUUGAGUCUACAACGUUUCAAAAUCGACGUAGCAUCAACGGUGGUCAACCAACAAAACGCGGGCCUCAACACAAUGGACACUGACCAACUUCUCGACCUCUUCAAUCUCGGCGAAACAGCAGAAGGAGCAGAAAAACCGGUUCCCGAAAGCGCCGCUGGCAACGAGGCAGACAUGGUUGAUAUAGAUGGCGAAGUCAAAGAGAAGGGCAAGAAGGGAUGGUUAGAUGAUUUGGGCGAGUUGUGGGAUGAUCGCCAGUAUCAGGAGGAGUAUAAUCUAGAUUCUUUCUUGGCGACCAUGAAAGGAUGA